CCGCCUCGCCGCUCCUCGUCUCCUCCCUGCAGUCGCCGGUGGCUCCGCGGGCGAAGUGCGUGUUGUUGCGUCAUCGCCAGUGGCCGGUUUGAAUGAGGCUCUUGUCGCACCCCAGCUGCCGCCACCACCGCGCCUCCGCCUCGGCCGCCGCCGCAGCUUCUUCGCGUCCCUUUCCCUUCGACGCCCUUGCCAGGCCCAGCUUUCCUGCGCCGCCGCCGCCCCUCGCGCCUCACCAUGCCGCUCUACUCCGUUACUGUGAAAUGGGGAAAGGAGAAAUUUGAAGGUGUAGAAUUGAAUACUGAUGAACCUCCAAUGGUGUUCAAGGCUCAGCUUUUUGCACUGACUGGAGUCCAGCCGGCCAGACAGAAAGUUAUGGUGAAAGGAGGAACAUUGAAGGAUGAUGAUUGGGGAAACAUCAAAAUAAAAAAUGGAAUGACUCUACUAAUGAUGGGGUCCGCAGACGCUCUUCCUGAGGAACCCUCAGCUAAAACCGUCUUUGUGGAAGACAUGACAGAAGAACAGUUAGCAUCUGCUAUGGAAUUACCAUGUGGAUUGACAAACCUUGGUAACACUUGUUACAUGAAUGCUACAGUUCAGUGUAUUCGUUCUGUGCCUGAACUCAAAGAUGCCCUUAAAAGGUAUGCAGGUGCCUUGAGAGCGUCAGGGGAAAUGGCUUCAGCACAGUAUAUUACUGCAGCCCUUAGAGAUUUGUUUGAUUCCAUGGAUAAAACUUCUUCUAGUAUUCCACCUAUUAUUCUACUGCAGUUUUUGCACAUGGCUUUUCCACAGUUCGCAGAGAAGGGCGAGCAAGGACAGUAUCUUCAACAGGAUGCUAAUGAGUGUUGGAUACAAAUGAUGCGAGUAUUGCAACAGAAAUUGGAAGCCAUAGAGGAUGAUUCUGUUAAAGAGACAGAUUCUUCAUCUGCAUCAGCAGUAACACCUUCUAAAAAGAAAAGUUUAAUUGAUCAGUUCUUCGGAGUUGAGUUUGAAACUACCAUGAAAUGUACAGAAUCUGAAGAAGAAGAAGUCACUAAAGGAAAGGAAAAUCAGCUUCAGCUCAGCUGUUUUAUCAAUCAAGAAGUCAAGUAUCUUUUUACAGGACUUAAAUUGCGACUUCAGGAAGAAAUCACCAAACAGUCUCCUACAUUGCAAAGAAAUGCUUUGUACAUCAAAUCUUCCAAGAUCAGCCGGCUACCUGCUUAUUUAACUAUUCAGAUGGUUCGCUUUUUUUAUAAAGAGAAGGAAUCUGUGAAUGCUAAAGUUCUUAAGGAUGUUAAAUUUCCUCUUAUGUUGGAUGUGUAUGAACUGUGUACACCAGAACUUCAAGAGAAGAUGGUCUCGUUUCGAUCAAAAUUCAAGGAUCUAGAAGAUAAAAAAGUGAAUCAGCAGACAAAGAUAAGUGACAAAAAGAGUAGUCCCCAGAAAGAAGUUAAGUAUGAACCCUUUUCUUUUGCUGAUGACAUUGGCUCCAAUAAUUGUGGAUACUAUGAUUUACAAGCAGUGCUAACACAUCAGGGAAGGUCUAGCUCUUCAGGUCAUUAUGUAUCAUGGGUGAAGAGGAAACAAGACGAAUGGAUUAAGUUUGAUGAUGAUAAGGUCAGCAUUGUGACACCAGAGGAUAUCUUGCGGCUUUCUGGUGGUGGAGACUGGCAUAUAGCUUAUGUUCUACUCUAUGGGCCUCGCAGAGUUGAAAUAAUGGAAGAGGAAAGUGAAUAGUAAUCUUCAUUUUAGCUAUUUAUGCUUAGGUGUGAAAUAAAUGUUAUUUGUUGAUCACUUCUAUAAUCCAGAGCUUUAGAGCAAGAUAUUUAGGUGGUUUUAUGUGUUUCCCCUCAUGUGGAACAAAAGAGGGCAGAAGCAGACUACUCUAUGUAUCAACCUAAAAAAUUACAGAAAAGAGAAAAUUGCCUUUGGACUGUGCUGCCCUGUGUAAAGAUGGCAGAAAGACAUUUUUAAAAAGCUUAUUUCUUGCAUUAAUUUUUAAAAAUUCUGAGUUGAAAUGCCUUUCAAACAUUACCUUUUGUGAUGAUAAUUUUUCUCCCUUUUUCAGCCCAAGAUUCAACAAUCAAAUGUGUAUUGCACACCUAUUUCUCUAUUAUUCGUUGUUGUUCUUGCAUGGUUCAAACCACCGGUAAUUCAGUAGCUGCCUAUCCUUUGCCUUAUCUAACAAAAAUUUUGCCAGAAAGGUGGAAAGGAACUAAGUGUUGCUCUCAUUUUGUAACUCAGUGCUGCUGUCCACAUCCCAUGGAGACAUGGGUACAAUCAAGUAUUUGUCCAGCCUGACUGUUGCUGGCUUUUCAUGACUUUAAAAUAAAUUGUGAUCAAUAAUAGUACAUUUGAUUAUACAUUUAUUACUGUCUCUCUGAUGUACUAUGGUUUGUACAUUCAACUUGGUAAUGGUUUUGUAGUAAUCAACCCUAAAAAAAAUGUUGACAAGCUCUGGUUGCUAAUUUUUAGAAAAUGAGGAUAUUUAAUAAAAAAACAACAAAAAAAGGGAUUAACAGCUUUUGACCUCAAGUCUUUUGUCUAUUGAGUGUUGGAGCUUGGCUAAAGUUCAGAUAUGUUUAAUACUAUACAGUUUAUGCAGAU